UGCCGGGCUACAGACCGACAUGUUUGUCUUCAUGUACGGUACAAAGUAAGCUCCUGGGGGACUAUAGUUGUACUGAACAUGGAGUCUGGAACCGUCUUCAGGUUGCUGUUGUUGGUUCCUGUUUUUCUGUGCUUGAUGAACGUCGCCAACAGUGGAUAUGUGGUUACCAUGCCUAAAGAUAUCCAGAUAGGAAGAGAGACAUCUGUUUGUUUUACCUUCCACAAUAGUAAAGAAUACAUGAAGAUUAAUUUAAGGUUUAGUAAUCUAAAUGGCACCUACAUGCUAGAAAGAGGAACCAUUGGUUAUGCGAGAGCAAAAUGUUUUGAGUUUACAAUACCUACCACCCAGAGUCCCGGGCGUCAUAAGAUAGCUAUCACUGGUGAUAAUAGUGGAAAAGUUAUAAUUGAUGGAGAACUUACGUUUGAUGUAACAGAUCCGAUCUUAACUUUUAUACAAACAGACAAACCAGUUUAUAAACCAGGACAAACAGUGAAUUUCCGAGUGUUAGUUAUUAAUACUGAUUUAAAGCAAACCAACAAAUCGGUAUCAUCCAUACUCAUAAAAGAUCCAGACGGUGUUAUAAUGAAACAAUGGUUGGAUAUAAGAUCACUAUCAGGUCUAAUAAGUUUGGAAUUCCAGCUAUCUAAGGAACCAGUUCUAGGUUCAUGGAAAAUUGUGACGUCAGUUGGAUCGACAGUUAAAACUACACCAUUUACAAUAGAGGAAUAUGUUUUACCAAAAUUUGAAUUGACGAUCAGCCCUCCACCAUAUAUAACCAUUGAGUCAGAGACGAUUGAAGGCGAAGUUUGUGCCAUGUAUACAUACGGUCAACCAGUAAAAGGAAGAUUGAAGAUGACAGCAUGUGUAGUAACUGCAACCUAUAUAAGUCCAUACAGCAAAAAGAGACCCUGUAUAUACUUCUACUCAGAGAUUGAUGGCUGCCAUCAAUUUUCUGUCAACACCAGUCAACUACAACUUAAGAUGAAGCAGUUUAUCUUGGACGACUCACUUAUUGAUAUGACAGCUUCUGUUUUAGACAACGCAACAGACAUUGUCAUCUCCAAGAGUACAAACAAAACUAUUAUAAGUUUAAUGGAUUUAUUUCUGGAUAUAAAAACUCAGUCAGAACCAUUUUAUAAACCCGGUUUACCAUACCAUAUAAAGGUUAAGGCUACAGAUUUAAAUGGAAAACCUGCGAUUGGUAGAACACUUGCCAUACGAGCUGAAGAACUAGGUUUUGAUAAAGAGAUUGUAACAGACGACAAAGGAUAUGGAAUUUAUACUUUUCCCGCCAUGACCUCUAAUGCUACCGAAAUCGUUUUAAAGGUUAUUGGUGUAGAUAUAAGAUAUAGUAAAGGUAUAUUUAAUGAAUAUUCACUGAUAACUCCCGGUGCUUCAUUAGUUAUUGAACCAUGGUAUUCCUCUACCAGAAGUUAUCUCAAGAUAACACCACCAGAAAAACCAGCAAAAUGUAAUUCUACUGUUACUCUAGAAGUUUCAAUGACCCAAGCACCAGAAAAGUCAUUUAGACUAUAUUUAAUGGUGUUGUCACGAGGUCAGAUAGUUCGUCUAACCAGUAAAGGUAUAAGUAAAAGAAGCAGAUUUGAAGGUGGUUGCCAACAACAUAACCAAUUUGAGCUAAUCGACUGUAUAGUCAGAAGGAAGUUAUAUAAUAUAAGAUAUAGCGAUGUUAAAGUUGAGUCAAUGUUGAUCGACGUUAAGGUAGAUAAAGAUAUGGCACCAAGCGCUCAGAUAAUAAUGUAUUAUGUACAUGACUAUGGUGAAGUCGUCUCAGAUGUUGUCGAACUUACAGUAACAGAUUGCGACAGCCAGACGGUUAAUUUAGAGUUUGGCACGGAUAAGGAAUAUCCCGGUUAUGAAACGACUUUAACUCUCCAAGCUGAACCGGGGUCCGUUUGUGGUAUAGGUGUUAUAGAUAAAUCUGUAUUAUUGUUAGGCCAGGUUAACACCAUCACACAAAGUCAGUUGUUAAAAGCAUCCGACAUUUAUAAAGUUGACCUAUUUGACCCAUUGAAUGAAAAUUAUCCAACACAUAAAGACCAUUGUAAGAAGUGGCUGUCAGAAAAUGAGCCACCUCGAAGAAUUAUAAAAACGUUUUCUGACAAAACUCUACCGAAGUCAGCGGCGGAACUUGCUCAAAUGGAAAAAGUCUCAAUUAUUAGUAAUGGAUGGUAUCCAGAUGAUGAAGAUGAUUACUACUACAGAGUGGAACAUACUGACGCAUCACAAGCAUUUAAGACAGCUGGUGUAGUGUAUUUAACAGAUCUAAAGCUAGAUAACAGACCAUGUAAAGAAGUAUGGAAGAAAUCCUAUUUAUCUGCUGAUGACAGUUUCUCUGGCGAUGAUUCAUUUGAAGCGCCAUCUGUAAGCCCCGCGAAGCCUGACAAAAAGAAGCAAGUAGCUGUCCGAGAUUUCUUCCCAGAAACCUGGUUAUGGGACUUGGAAAUCGUAGGAGAAACUGGGAAGUUAGUAAUGAAGAAAGAACUACCACAUACAAUAACUAAAUGGCUUGGUAACGCUGUUUGUAGCCAUAAAGAAAAAGGUGUCCGUAUUUCAAACGAUGCAGCCAUCACAACGUUCCAACCGUUCUUUACGUCGUUUAAUCUGCCGUACUCGGCUAUCCGGGGUGAAUUUAUUCCUAUCAAAGUGACAACAUUCAACUAUUUUUCUGAAUGUGUUCAGAUUCGACUAGAGUUGAAGGGUUCCGAAUUUAUAGAUAUAGACCCGGAUGUUGGAUCGGUCACGAGCUUGUGUAUUUGUUCAAACGAAGCCAAAUCUUAUAAUUUUAUUAUAGUUCCUAAAAAGAUUGGAGAGGUUAACUUAACUGUUGUGGCUGAAUCAGUAGCAGGAGAUUCAAGAUGUUCAGGUUUUGAUAUCAGUGCAGAAACUGUUGGUGUUCAAGAUACAGUAAUAAGACCAUUACUCGUCGAGCCUGAAGGAACAGAGAAGGAAUAUACGUAUGGAACAUUGGUUUGUCCAGAAGAAUAUAAUAAUGGCCAAUAUAGAUCGGUAGUAGAUUUACCAAUACCUAGAGACCAUGUACCAGAUUCCGCUAGAGGUUUCGUAUCUGUUAUAGGUGAUUUGAUGGGACCAAGUUUAAACAGUGCCACAGAUUUAUUGAGAUUACCCUACGGCUGUGGUGAACAGAAUAUGAUUAACUUCGCUCCUAAUAUUUAUGUCAUGAAAUACACCAAAAGUACUGGGCAGAUGGAUUCAAUAGAUUCAGAUUCAAUUAAAAAGUUUCUUAUAGCAGGAUACCAACGAGAACUACGAUACAAACGUUCCGAUCAUUCAUUUAGUGCUUUUGGUCAGAGUGACGGUGAUGGCAGUACAUGGCUUACAGUGUUUGUGGCGAAAUGCUUCCACCAAGCAUCCGAGUUCAUUUUUGUUGACAAACUUAUUAUUAGCCGUGCUUUAGAUUGGGCAACUAUCCAGUACCAUCGUGGUAGUUUCAGGUCUCGCGGUCGAGUUAUACAUGGCGACAUGAAAGGCGGUAUCCAGGAUGGCUCAACAGAUGUACUUUCAGCUUACAUUCUUACAGUAAUGUUAGAAACAGGUUAUUAUGACAAAACGCACCCUAAAGUAGUUAAAGCUGUAAACUACUUACAGUCGAAAGUACCGCCGGAGAAGACCUACGCUGUAGCUGUUUAUAAUUAUGUGGCGGCUUUAUACGAACCAGGGGGUUCAUGGCACAAACUACUGGUUAAAGAGUUAGAAAGUCGAGCGACAGUUAAAGAUAAUAUGAUGUUUUGGAAGGCUAAACCAGAACCCGAAAGAAGCACUCACAACAGAAAUACACAAUAUAAACGUGCCUCGGCCCUGGAUAUUGAGACUACAUCUUAUGCUUUAUUAGCUUACCAAUCCGACCCGAAUCCACAGUUUACUAAAAUGUUGAGAAUAGUGAGAUGGUUGACAGAACAGCAGAACCCCAAUGGUGGUUUCAUGUCGACUCAGGUAAGCCUGUUCAGUCGUCGGGACACUAGCUUCAUUAUUUUUGGACCAGGAACUAGUCCCUAA